AUGUAUGAUCGGGCCCCUCGCUUGCUCAGAUUGACUGAGGGUGGCAGCACUGAGGACCGUGUGGGUCCUGGAUCCUACCAGGUACCUUUCCUGAAGCAGCAGGCAACAGGUGGUUAUGCACCAUUUCUUUCUUUGGCUACUAGAGAAAGUUCUUUUACUGCUGGCUGUGACACUGAGAAAGCUGCUCCAGGUCCAGGACACUACAAUGUUUCAAAAGCACAGAAAAUUUCAAGAGCACCUACAGCUUCCAGAACUGUUGAUGUCCCUUCAAUUCCUUCUUGUGGACAGGCAUAUGGUUAUCAUAUUAAUGAGGAUGACACUAUUAUAAAACAUUUUCCACCUGCUCAUGACAGCACACUAGGUCCAGCUUACUACAAACCUCAGUAUAAUGUUUUCAGUACAACUUUGAAAUACAAAGGGAUACACUUUGGCAACUCUUUGGGAAGACAAGACUUACCUCAAAAGUCAGGACCUGGUCCUGGACAGUAUCAUAUAGUCCAGGGAAAGUCACCACAGUAUGAAAACAUUAACAUCAAGAAAGAGCAACAGCAAAAUUAUUGCUCAUUUCUCCCACGAUUUUUUGAUGUAAUAAUAUUGCAAGAAGAAAAAAAGAGAUUUGUACCUAUGAAAUCAAUCACACCAGCUCCUGGCACGUAUAAUGAACCUCGAACUGCUCUCAAGUCCUCAAAGAAAACUUUAGGACUGAAAAAAUCUGCAUUUGGUCAAAGUGCUGCUCGAUUCACACAGGAAUCCAGGACAGAGGAAAUGCCAGGCCCUGGGUUUUAUAAUAUCCUAAACAGUGCUAUAGUUGACAAUGUUAAAAAUAUCUGCUCAGAGAAAAAAAAGAAAAGUGCAUUUGGAUCUUCUGUUCCUCGGACAUUUUUCCUGUUUCGGAAAGAAACUCUUAUUACUCCUGGGCCUGCUGAUUAUCAGGUCAGUGGAAGUCCUGAACUACCUAACUUGACUAACCAAUAUGCUGCUUUCUUGUCAAGAACAGAAAGAACUACUAAACUAUUAGAUAUGGAUAUUCCACCACCAGGCAGCUAUGAUGUUCAAAAAUCGUAUGAAGUGUCACAGGGUAAACAAAAAUACAUGCCACCCCGCAGUUUGGUGGCUAAAAGAAAACAUUCCUCCUUUCUUAGUGCAGCUCCUCGGUGCUGGGAAAAAAUGACAGAUGGGCCAGGUAAGUGUAGACUGUCCUUUAAAACUAUGGGGAAAAUCUAAGGUUUCCAUAUAUUAAAACAGACAAUUGUAAACACACAUUUGUAUUUGACUAUUUCUCUUUGGGUGUGUAGGACAAAAAGUGAAAGUUU